UGGUGGUACUUAACUUUACACAUGUGGAAACCAUCUUCUCUUGUAACUCUCUGUGUUUUUAAGUGUGCAUUAAUAAUAUUGAUGAUUCUUUAACAAAUCCCCUUCUUCUCUUCUCUCAGCUUUAUAUAAGCUGCUUUUUAGUGGAGUCCCUGGAUUUGGCCUUAUAUUAUUAUUCUUCUAUCAAAAACACUUCUAUAAAACCACAUUAUAUUUGAGGCCUAGUUUCUCCAUGGUGUGUGUAUCGGUAUAUCCAUAGAGAGAGAGAGAGAAGAGAUAUUGAAGGUGCAGUAAAAGAAAUGGAGUCUUUUAUAAGGUUUUUGCGUUCUGCCAAGCCGUAUUUCGGAGUUAUUUUCGUGCAAUUUGGUUACGCUGGAAUGGCGAUUCUUACAAAAUCAGCUUUGGAUAAAGGAAUGAGCCAACAUGUUUUUGUGGCUUAUCGUCAAGUUGCUGCUACUCUCGUCAUUGCUCCUUUCGCCAUUAUCUUUGAGAGGAAGGCAAGGACAAAGAUGACCUUUUCAUUGUUGUUCAAAAUUUUGCUUCUGGGUUUCUUAGAGCCAGUGAUUGAUCAAAACUUGUACUAUACGGGUAUGAAGUACACAACAGCAACCUUUGCUGCUGCGAUGUGCAAUGUUUUGCCAGCUUUUGUUUUCCUCAUGGCUUGGGCUUGCAGGCUUGAGAAAGUGAAGAUUAUGAAAAGGGGAAGCCAAGCAAAAAUCUUAGGAACAAUAGUAACAGUUGGAGGAGCCAUGAUUAUGACAUUCAUAAGAGGCCCAAUGUUGAAUCUACCAUGGACAAAGUUACCAAAUCAGGUCUCAGCUUCUUCUUCUUUAUCAGCUGCUUCUCCAGAUCACCAAAAUCAAAUCGUUGGCUUCCUCAUGAUUACAACUGGCUGCGUUUGUUGGGCAGCUUUCAUCACUCUUCAGGCGAUUACAUUGAAAGAGUACCCCGCCGAUCUGUCGCUUACGACAUUGAUAUGCUUGGUGGGCACCAUUGGAGGUUUUGGGGUGGCUUUGGUCAUUGAGAGAGGGAACGUUUCUGCUUGGGCUUUGCACUUUGAUAGCCAGCUUCUAGCUGUGGUUUAUUCUGGAGUAAUAUGUUCAGGGGUAACGUAUUAUAUUCAAGGAGUGGUAAUGCAAACAAAAGGGCCAGUUUUUUUCGCUUCAUUCAAUCCUCUAGCCAUGAUUCUUGUUGCGAUCAUGAGCUUCUUCAUCUUGUCUGAGAUUAUGUUUUUGGGAAGGAUGAUUGGAGUAGUGAUCAUAAUAUGUGGCCUGUACAUGGUUUUAUGGGGGAAAAGCCAAGAUGAACCUCCAGUUUUGAACUCUGAAUGUGAUAACAUGACACCUUGUGAGCAACAAAUGAAGACCACAACAACAGUUCAAUCGAGUCAAGAUUUCCUCGCGCUCAAUGUUGCAAAAGAGGAGAAAAAUUGAUGAGUUAUAUAUCUAAAACAACUUGCAUAAUUGUGCUUUUGUAUGAUGAUCUCUUAUAUAUAUAUUUAUAUUUCAACCAAAAUAUGUUUCUAACUUUUGUAUUUAUGUCACUUAAGGCUAUAUAUAAUAAUAAUAAUUUCUCUGUUUUCGAUCUUCUAA